AUGGCCUUCAUCCCCUCCGAGCAUGCCUUUCCCAAAAGAGUCAACGCAGUGGAACGCUCCGUCGACACCUCCGCCGCCGAGACCACCUUCUGGGAAGACAUCCGAGACGACCUACAGCCCUGCACCCACUUCAACCUCAACCGAGACCUUUCUGUACGCGAAGGUUUCGGCUACGAAGUACGCCGAUAUUACAAGAGUCCAUCUGGAGAUGUCGAGAUGUUCCCCGGUACCCAGGGCGUGAUUGUGGGAGUGCCUCCGCGGGAUUAUGGUCAUGCUAGAGGCUAUGCAAAGGUCCAUGUUCCUGAACUCGAUCAGGUCAAGGUAGUGCCGACGGUUAUUCUUCGAACUGGCAAUGUUCACAUUGAGAAUCGCAAGUUGUACAACGAGAUCGUUAGCCGCCAAGGUAUACUUGCUCCCAAGAGUGGACAGACAUUUGAACAGCUUGACGCAGUGACUCAAGCAUACCUUUCGGCUCUGGAUGCGCUCAAGGUGGAACAGUGUUAG